CAUCCUGCACCAUACUUUAACCCCACUUCAAUUCAGAGCUCAGCAUUCGCAUAGCUCUCUGCACAUACCACACCAAGACUACACUCUCCCAUCUCGCCACUUACACACUCGAGCAAUCAUGGGUGCCUGCACUUCCAAGAACGAGAGCAGCAAGACGAUGAAGCGAACCGACACCAACCGUUCCGGCGGCAAGGGCGGUGCCAAUGACCUGCAGCGAACCACUUCCUCCUACCACGGAUCGGUAGCAGAUGGUAUUCGUUACUCGGACCGAUUGGCUGACCGAGAGGAUGAGAGGAAUCGCCUCACUGCUAGUCAGAUUAACAAGAGCAAGACUCUCGAGGAGAGGCUGAGGCAGGCAGAGAGGGAGAACGCCUCUAGGCGUGGUUAGAAAUAGGAGCACGACGACGACAAGGAGGAUUCCUUUUCACCGCCAAUUCGCCAGCUUCUAGCACCUUCCAACUUCCAUCUCACAGUCUCAAUGAACGCAACGUAUAAAUAGGCUCUGGCUCAACAAAGGAGGGAAGGAAAGGAGAGGAGGAUGGCGAGGAUGGCAAGGACGGCGACGUGAGAGAAAUCCUUCCUACCACCUGCCAUUUUAGUGUGGAAAUGGCAAGGCGGAAUCAAGUGGAGGGAUGGAGACAAACGUCGAGCUCUACAGGGGUAGUGUAGGGAAAGGCUGCGUCGGUGAAGUUCUCUGCUGCUCAUGACUUUCCCCUUCUGUUCUCUCUUCAAGA